UUUUGUUUUGUUUUGUUACAGAUGCGUCCAAAGAUUAUGUGGCAUCUCUUGCAUCGCUACCUGGCUUCCCGCCUGCAGUCCUUGCGCCUGGGGGGCUACCUGUUCUCAGGCUCCAAGGCCCCCCAGCUGUCCACCACCCUGGUGCAAGCCCUGGGCCUCAAGUGCCCUAACCUGACACGCCUGUACCUGCACGUGGCCGACCUCCGCAGCGUGCCCCUGCCCUGCCUGCCCGCCUCCCUGCGCGUCCUGGAGCUGCACAGCUGUGAGAUCCCGGGGUCCUGGCUGAGCCACAAGAGCGACAGCCCCCUGCUGCAACGCCUGCAACGUCUGGUGCUCCAUCGGGUACCCUCCUUCGGCGACGAGCACCUGGUCGGCCUGGCUCACUUCCAGGCCCUGCGCACCCUGGUCCUGGGGGGCACCUACCGAGUCACCGAGACGGGCCUGAGCCAGGGCCUGCGCCCCCUGGGCCACCUGCAGCACCUCGAGGUGCGAGACUGCACCCUGACCGCCGACGCGGUGCUCCGGGUGGUGCGGGAAUGCCUGCCCGAUCUGCGGGUCUUGCAUCUGAGCGUCCGGGACCUCUCGACGGCCGGUCUGGUGUACCUGUCCGCCAUGGCCUACCUGGAGCAUCUCUGCUUCCUAGGGCCUCCCAUCGCAGAAAACCUGCCCAGCCCAGGAGAACUCCUGAAUGCCUGCCAGAAGGUGCCCACGCUCAAGACCCUGGAGAUCUGUGGGCUGGACUGGGAGCAGAACCAGGAGGCCAAGGACAUCCUGCAGAAGGGGCUACCUCACUGCCAGGUGUCUGUCAGGGCCUACAACCCCGAGUCCAGGGACUGGUGGAUGUAAGUCGCUGCCCACUUGCACCCCCCGAGGAAGGGCUGGGGAAUCCCGUGCCCCUCAGGCCCUCACCCAACUGCAUUUCAGUGACAUGCCUACAAUUCCACAAACGAGAAGGGCAUGUUAGAAGUCUUAGCUGUCUACCUCAUGGUUAUAUACAUUUAUAUAACUGAAGCCUUAAGUGUGAUAGGUUGUGCUGAGAGAGGUUAAAAAAAAACAAAACAUUAAUGCUGUUCUCUUGAGGCUCUGGGGUCCCUGGUUCUAUCCCCAGCACCACCAUUCAGCCAGAGCUGAGCUGUUCUCUUUUGGCCUUUUUAUUCAAGUAAAAUUAUAAACUUAAAAAAAAAAAAAGAUCCAGCUCUGAAUGUGAGUUCAACAAAGAUGUGCCUUAGGGAGAGGGUGGGUUUGAUGCUUUUUAUUUUUCCCCCCCCUUUGGUGGGGCUUGCAGGCCUCUCCUCCACCCUUCCCAGGGCCUGGGGGUGGGGCUGGGGUGGGGUUAUUAGAGGAAACUGGUUACUGGAUGUUCAAGGAUCUUCUGAACUGGUUCAAAGUUGUAUUUGUGAUUUGUUUAAGCCCAGUGUUUUGUUGUACCAUUUUUAUUAUUCUUUGUGAAUAAAAUUUAUUAAUAA